UCGCGGAACGCCGGAAGCUGCUAGUUGCUCCGUAGCGGCCGAAGGGGCGGGCUCGAGGGCUGAGGGACCCCUAAGCUGCUCGCGGUUCCCUCAGCGGUGCAAGAUGGCGGACAUCUCCCUGGACGAGCUAAUCCGGAAGCGUGGGGCUGCGGCAAAGGGGCGGCUCAAUGCCCGACCAGGAGUUGGAGGUGUUCGAUCUCGUGUUGGGAUCCAACAGAGCCUUCUCAGCCAGCCAGCACGCACGGCCACUUUCCAGCAGAGAUUUGAUGCUCGGCAGAAAAUUGGCCUCUCAGAUGCCCGACUCAAGUUGGGAGUCAAAGAUGCCCGGGAAAAGCUUUUGCAGAAAGAUGCCCGGUUCCGGAUCAAAGGGAAAGUGCAAGAUGCCAGAGAGAUGCUGAACUCCCGCAAACAGCAGAGCGCAGUGCCCCAGAAGCCUCGCCAGGUGGCCGACGCCCGGGAGAAGAUCAGCUUGAAGCGGAAUUCCCCUGCUGCCUUCAUGAGCCCACCCAUUGGGACGGUGACCCCUGCUCUGAAGCUCACUAAAACCAUCCAGGUUCCACAGCAGAAGAUCAUGGCACCAAUUCAUGCUCAUCCUGCUGGAAUGAGGAUCAACGUCAUCAAUAACCACCAGGCCAAACAGAAUUUAUACGACCUAGAUGAAGAUGAUGAUGUUGUAGCUCCUAUUCCUAGUAAACAGAUGAAAUUUGCAGCCUCGGGCAGCUUCCUCCACCAUGUGGCUGGGCUGAGCGGUUCCAAGCUUUCUGUAUCCAAGGCCCUUCCUCUCACCAAAGUGGUUCAGAAUGAUGCAUACACAGCUCCUGCUCUCCCCUCCUCUGUUCGAACAAAAGCCUUGACCAACAUGUCCCGGACACUAGUGAACAAGGAGGAGCCCCCCAAAGAGCUGCCGCCUGCUGAGCCUGUCCUCAGCCCUUUGGAAGGCACCAAGAUGACCGUGAAUAAUCUGCACCCUCGAGUCACUGAGGAGGACAUUGUUGAGCUUUUCUGUGUGUGUGGAGCCCUGAAGCGGGCUCGGCUGGUCCAUCCUGGGGUAGCAGAGGUGGUCUUUGUGAAGAAGGACGAUGCCAUCACCGCAUAUAAGAAGUAUAACAACCGGUGUCUGGACGGGCAACCAAUGAAGUGCAACCUUCACAUGAAUGGGAACGUUAUCACCUCAGACCAGCCCAUCCUGCUACGGUGGAUCCACUCCACCUCAGGGAAAACCGACAAGGUCCCGUGCCAGGCUGCUCUGGUUAUCACAGGGCUUCACUGA